AUGUAAAAUGAUGAUUAAUCCUCGAUACCUUAAUUAGAAAAUAAUUUUUAGGAUCAAGAAGUAUGCAAGAUUUCAAUUACUUUAGUUAAGUUCAUGGAUUAGAGAUUGCUUUAUAUAGUAAUUUGAUAUUGAAAAAAUCUUAUAUAGAUUGGAUUAUGAUAAAAAUAUAAAAAAGUAACUCAAAUAUUUGAAUCCAACUCAUCAAUUAUUUGAUUAUUACUAUUAUUUAAUUUAAACUAUGAGUGAAUUUGUCAAUACAAAUUAAAAUAUAAAGAAAUACUUAGAAUAUAUUGUAUAAUCUUAAAGCUUUUAAAAUUAAAUUUCUGAAAGAUGCCAUUUAAUAAUAACCUAAGCAGAAUCAAUUGAUAAUUUAGAGUAUUAAAUUGAAUAACUCUUUUAAAUAUUUUUUCUUCUUAAAGAUAUUGAUAUGAAUAUCUUAAAGUAGUCUAAUAUUUCUUAAAUAUUUACUUUAUAAAAGAUUAUUGAAAUUAAUUUCCCUGAAUGUAAUUACAAUGCAUUAUUUUAAAAUUUUGAUUAAUUUUUAUGCUUAUUGUAAGAAAGUGCUGAAAUGUAAAAAUAUAAUAAUAUUCCAUCCUAUCCAUAACCAUUAGAAUUUAUAUAAUUUGGAGGUGAAAACAAAUAAAUGUUUGGGAAAACUACAAAUCCUUUUCAAAGCUCACUAGACAAUCUCUUUAAUGUUUUAAGAGAAGACUAUAUUUAUAAUAUAAGGAAUGAUAUUAAUUAUUUAUCUGAAAAAGGAUUUUAUAAAACUAUUGACGUUUAUAACAUUGAUUUAUAUCAAGAUAUCAGAUUAAUAUCAUUUGAGAUUAAUAAUUUUGAUAUUUUAUGGAAAAUAUCUUUAAAGUAAUUUAAUUUAGAUGGAAGAAUAAUUAAAUUAAUUGACUGGAAUUAUUCAAAAAAAUUACAAAUAGGUUCUUUGAUAUGUAUCACCAAUGUUGAAUGUCAUCCAUUACUUUUUGGUAUAAUAACUCAUAGAAGUUAAAAAUAAGAUGAUUACGACAUAGAAUAAAGAAUUAAUUUAUAAUUUCGAAUUUUGGGGUCUAAAUCUUAAAUAAUGGAAUUCUUAAAUUUAUUAUCUUAAUAAACAAUUUUCAUGGAAUGUAAAACAUCUAUGUAAGCAGAAUCUUUAAUUUAUUAAUUAGAAUCAAUAAAAAAAAUAAAAAGUUUGGAUUACUUAUAUAUUUUCGCCUAAAAGAAUUUAUUUUUUGAAUAUUCUUCAUCAAUUUUUGAUAUCAUCCAUUUAAAUUAGAAGUGGCCUUCAUUGAUGUCUACUUUAGAUGAAUUUUAAUAGAAAGCUAUUUAAUAUAUGGUUUAUGAAAAAUUAGCAUUAAUUUAAGGACGACCAGGCACUGGGAAAACUUACUGCGCAAUUUUGGCUGUUAGAAUUUUAAUUAAGAGUAUUUACAGAAAAAAUUUGCCUAUUAUGAUAGUUUGCUAGAAUAAUCAUACAUUAGAUUAUUUUUUAGAGAAAAUAAUUGAAUAUAUUCCAAUAAAUUAAGUUGCUCGCCUAGGAGGGAGUUCUGAAUCUGCUAUUGUAUAAAAAUGUUUAUUUAAAACUAGAUCAAAAAUUGAUUUUGAUUAAGUUGAAUUUUAAGAACUUAAAAAAUGUUUACACAUAAUUUUUAAUAGAUUAAUUUAAUAUGAUUAUAUUAUCGAUGCUCAAGAUAUUACUAGAUUUUGGCCUUAAUUAAAGGAUAAACUUAUAAAUGAUUUUCUACUUAAAAUAGAUUUGAAUUAUUCAUAAAUUGAUGAUGUGGCUUAAAAUCAAGUCUUAAAUUCUUGGAUUAAUGUAAAAUAACUUAGUGAUUCAAUUCUUUAAUUUGAAACUCAAUUAUUUAAAGUGCAUUAGUAUUUUCAAAAAGAAUAAAUUAUUGAAUAAAUUGAAUUAAAUAAUAUUUUUGGAUAGCAGAAAAAGUAAUCUUUUAAUUAAUAAGAUUAAGAUCAAUAAACCUAAAAUUUUUCAUUACAAAAUGAGUCACCUACUUCUCCUUUUGAAUAGUUUAAUAGUCAAAACUAAAAUGAAUCUAAUUUACACUAUAACUUCAAAGGAAUAGAAAAGAUAUAGGAGUGUUUAUAAGACAAAACAUUAAAUUUUUGGGAACUUAAUUAUAAUGAUAUUUGCGAGAUAAUUAAAUAUUUAAAGUAUCUUAAAUAUUAGGAAGAUUGUCUAUUAUUUGAAAAAACAUAUAGAAAAUUUUAAAAAAUGUCCUAAACUUUAAAUGAUCUUAAUGAUAGUUUUGAUAUUAAGAAACUUAAUGAAUAUGAAAUUAUUGGAGUAACUUUUUCUGAUGCAGCGUAUUAUAAUAAUAUAUUAACAUAAUUAAAUUCAAAGGUAUUGAUUAUUGAAGAAGCUGACUAGGUUUUAAAAUCAGAUAUCACAACUAUUUUGGCAAAUAAUAUUAAAAGGCUAAUAUUAAUAGGAAAUCAAGUCGAUUUAGAAGAAUCAUUAAAAAGAUAUAAUUAAAAAAAUAUUCCCUUAUUCAGAAGAUUAACCCAGGAUACUAUUGUCAUUAAAAAGAAAAUCCCAUAAGUCAUUUUAUCUACUUAAAGGAGAAUGGAAAAAAGAAUUAAUGAUUUUGUAAGUAUAUUCUACCCAAAAAAUGAUUUGGUUGAUAAAAAUUUAAUAUAAAUACGUAACAAAAAAGGAAUAAUAGGGUUAAAUUCUAAUAUUCUCAUAUUUAAUCAUUCUUAAUUAGAACAAAUAGAUUCAAAAUCAAAAGAGAAUGCUGAAGAAGCUGAAAUGAUUUUUUAAAUGGUUUAAUAUCUUAUUUAAGUUGGAUAUAAGGAAUCAUAAAUUACUAUAUUAUCUAUAUUUUAAAAGCAAGUUCAAGGAUUAAAGAAAAAAUUUAUGAACUAAAAUUAAUAAUAAGUUAGGGUAGAGAUAGUUGAUAACUAUUUAGGAGAAGAAAAUGAUAUUGUAAUAAUUUCAUUGGUUAUAAAUAAUAAUCAUCAUUUAUACCAAAAAAAAAAAAAUUAACAAAAAAUUAAAAUUGCAUUUUCAAGAGCAAAAUUAGGUCUAUAUGUAUUUGGUAAUUUUGAUUAACCACUACCUUUAAAUGUAUUAAUUAAAAAUUUCAGAAGACUUACUUUUUUGGAGAAAAUACUAACUUUAGCUUAAAUUAAAAAAUGUUACUCUGAUACUAUAACUUUAAAAUGUAAGACUCAUGGUAAAUAAAGUUAUGUACAAAAAUCAAGUGAUUGGUUCAAAUUUAAAGCAGGUUGUUGUGAUUAGGUAUGUAAUUAAAAUUUAGAUAAAUGCAAUCAUACUUGCUAAGAAAUUUGUCAUUUAGGAAAUCAUCCUGAAAAUAAUUGCCAAGAAUAAUGUUAAAGAAUACUUUAAUGUAGACAUAAAUGUUAAUAAUUGUGUAGAGAUUAAUGUACCUGCACUUAAAUGAUUUAUGUAACAUUACCUGUUUGUAAUCAUAGAGCUUUAAUUAAUUGUGGAUAAGAUCCUGCAGAAGUGCUCUGCUUAUAAGAUUAAGAAAUAUAAUUUCUUAAUUGUAAACACCUAAUUCAUUAUUAAUGUUAUUAAAGAGAAGAUUUUUUAUAUAAAUGUCAACAUGCUUGUGACUGUCUUCUUUAAUGUGGUCAUUUGUGUUCUAAAAAAUGUUGGGAAAUUUGUUAACCUUGUGAAUAAAAAUGUGUAAAACGAAGGAAUUGUGGACAUUUAGAUGAAUGUUAAAAUUUAUGUUAUUAAUCAUGUUCUCCAUGUAAUUAGAAGAUUACUAUUUAACUUGAUUGUGGAAAACAUAGUAUUUAAUAGAAAUGUUUUCAAAUUCAAAAUCAUAUUAUAAAAGAGAUAUAAGCCCCUCCCUUUUUCCUAAAGUCUAAAAUUGGUAGUAAUUACUUAAUUUAGAUAAUGUAAAUGUUAAAAAAUGGGUAAAAAGAGGCAAAUUUUAUAUUUAAAUAAGUAGAAGAUUAUAAAUGUAGAAAUCCUUGUAAAAAACCUAGAAAGUGUGGUCAUAUCUUUGAAUGCAAGAAUUUUUGCUCUUAAGAAUGUACACCAUGUGAGCAAGUGAUUACUCUCUCUUUAGUAUGUGAUCAUAAAUAUUAGUUGUUGUGCAAAGACUAACAUAAUUUCUUAUAAAAUUAGUUACCUAAAGAUGUGUACAAAAUAUUAUGUUAAUGUCAACAUCAAUAAAAUUAAUUAAGUUUUGAAGCCUGUUAGUCAUGUAGAUAAAUAGUUAUGAAAUACAUAGGUUAAAACUAUUAAUGUUAAUAAGUGUGUAAUAGAAAAAGAUAAUGUCAUCAUAUAGAUCCUUGUAUUAAUGAAUGUGGCUAAAAAUGCUCUCCUUGUUAAUAUAUAAUUAAAAAAACUUUAGAUUGUGGACAUGAAUUACAGAUUGAAUGUUCCUCUGAGAAUUUAUAAUGCAAUAAACCAUGUACUAAAAUAAGGGAAUGCUUACAUUAUUAUCCAUGUUCUAAUUAUUGUAGUUAACCUUGUAGUCCUUGUUAAGUGGAAAUUUUAAUAAACUUACCUUGUGGGCACUAAAAGCUUGUAAAAUGUUAUACUAAAGAAAAUAAACAACAAAGAUUAGUAGAGAAAGAAUAAAAUUGUGAAUAUUGUCAGAAUUAUUUUUGA